AUGGUGGACUUCUGUCAACAAGAUGUCCAAACUGCUCAAAGCAAGCUGGACCAUAUCAGAUGCGUCUGCCUGGUCGGUGACCGGGGUCACGGCAAGAGCACGCUCGUGGACCUCCUCCGCCCGCGAAGCGUCAGGGCCACCGAGGAGGCCGAGGCUCUGAGGUAUCCGAGCCUCUCAGCGACCUCGGAGGUUUCUCCCACGGUGCAGCUGGAAGUGCAGACCCUCCUCUUCCCCGGGAAGGAGCUCGAAAGACGCAUUGGGACAUGUGAGAACAGCAUGACAGAGAUCUCCGGCAAGCAAGCAACAGAGAGAGAUAGAGAGAGCAAGAAACGUGCCAUACUGCAGAUCCGCAAGCAGAAGAGUGUAUGGAAGGAGGAUGCGAAAGAGCCGGAUAUACUCAGCCGCCGGCAGUCGGCCGACAAGACGCAGAAGGUGCUGACCCAGCCGCUGUCUCCCACGAAACAGAAGACCUUGGAGUUGGAGGUGCAAUCUGUGGUCCGCGCUCAUCGGGUCAUCCGUGCAUUGAAGAACAAGAAGAGUCUCAAGGAAAGCAGGUCUGAAGGACCAAAGCCCAAACCUCAGUUUCUGCUGACUCUGGGCACUCCUGUCCUCUUGCGCACGCCCUCGUCAAUCCAUAACUCGGGCCCCGUUUCCGCCUGCUUGGACAUGCGUGUCAAUCGCUUGCGAUUGCAAGGCAAGCGCGAGUCGUUAAAUGAACAAGCUGGGUUGCAAGCUGACCUGGAUCAGCUGAGCAACGCGCUUGCUGAGCCUUUGUUGUGCUACUUCAUCGACACACCGGGUCAAAGCAGCCUUUUGGGUGAGGCACAGGCCGCAUUGCGUUUGGCUGACAGCGUGCUGCUGGUGGUGAACCCCGUAGAGGGGCUUUCGUUGCAUGGCGAGGCCCUGCUGCGCCGUGCCGCGGCCGAACGUCUCCAGGUGGCCAUGGUCUUGAGUCACUUCGACAGCUGCUUGGACGGCCGCUACGAUGCCAAGCAGCUCGAAGAUGCGAUGCACUCCGUCGUAGAUCAGGCGAACACCGUCCUGGCCACGGCGGGGGACGAAGUAACUCGAGGUGAAGCUCGAAUCCGGCCUGAGCUCGGGGACUUGGUCUUCGGAAGCACCACGCAAGGCUGGAUGAUUUCCUUGCCACUGUUGGCUCGGAACUUCAAGGACAGGUACGGCCUCAAAACUACAGCGCUUAGCCGUCGGCUUUGGUGUGCUGGCCGUCGAGCAGGCGUGCAGGACACGGUCGACCCUGAGGAAGGGGAGCCUUUGCUACGGCAGUUGGUAUUAGAGCCGCUGCUGCAGCUCUGCGCGGCCUUUCGCCGUCAGGACUGGGAGCUCGCCCGCAGCAUGCUUGAAGGGCUGAGGCUUCCCGCCCUUGGCUACGGAGAAAAAUAUCUGGCAUACCACUCGCUGCUCACAAAGAUCAUGAAGCGAUUGGCAGAUGGAGAUGCCAGCCAGGUGAUGUGUCAGCUGCUAGCUCACCGGCUUCCUUCUCCGCGCCAGGCUCAGGCCGCCGGACGUGCUCAGCAUCUCUUCCUCGGAACGCCCGAAGGGGAGGCCGCGCAUGCGCUGAGCAGCUGCUCGCCUCAGGGGCCACUGAUCCUGGCCGUCGCACGCCGGAUUCCUGCGGCCACGUCGAAGGGCCGAUGCUACGUGCUGGGCCGUGUGUUCUGUGGCAGCGCGGGCCGGUGCCAGCGUGUGAGGUGCACGGAAAGCGACGGGAUGGGGAAUAAGGGGACCGGGAGCGCGAGCAUCGAGCAGCUGGCGAUGCCUCUUUCCUGCUUCGCCGAGCCUCUGGAGAUGGUUCCAGCAGGAAACCUGGUACUUGUGACGGGGCCUGACCACCUCAUCUUCAAGUCUGGGACGUUGUUGGACGAAAGCCUUCCCAGCGAUUCCGGUUUGGCCACGGCACCGCAGCUGCGCCCACUAGUAAGAGUCUCGGUUCGGCCGAAACAUGCGGAGGACCUGCCCAAGCUGGUCGCAGCCUUACGACAGCUCAGCUCCUGUGAUCCUGCGGCGCGCUGCCGCGCGGAAGAGUGGGGUGAGCAUGUCAUCAGCGGUCUCGGGGAGCUUCACCUGAGCACGUGCGUCAAGGAGUUGGCAGCAGAACUUGCUGAUGAAGAGGUCGAGCUGGUCUAUGACAAGCCUGAGUACGUGACGUCGCGGAUAGGAUUGGGCGACUGGAGCUAUGGCGUAGAGUACAAAGAGACCGUCCGCUUUGCCGGUGCCACCUCGGAGAUUUUGGCGCCCAGCUUUCGGUGUUCUGCCCAAGCAUCGAGCCUCGACGAGGAACUUUGCCAGGAGCUCGAUGAGGGCGGUCUGCUUGUUCGAGCCCGAGCGCGGCAGCGGGCGCUCAUGCUCGCGGAUCGCUACAACUGGGCCCUUGAAGAAAGUCAGAACCUCUGGGCCUGUGGCCCUGCGGAUGGGUGCGGCGCCAAUAUCUUUGUGCGGGGUGACAGCGACUUGAGAGAGGCAGCUGGAGCUGCGAUGGUUGGGGCCUGCCGCUGGGCCUCCGCCGAGGGUGCGAUCUGUGAGGAGCCUUUGCGAGGCAUCCGCUUCAACCUCGGCUUUACCUCGCCACCAGGGCAGGGCAGCAACCAGGACCACGCAGAUGCCACCAUUGCACCCAGCUUUCGCUGGGCCCGCGACUGCAGCGCUCUCGCUCGACGCGUUCUGUUGGCAUCCGCUUUGGACGUGGCAGCUGAACCGGGCCUUCAAGAACCCUGGUCCCUUGCAGAGGUAAUGCUGCCCGCAAUGGCACCUGAAAAGGUCGCACACUUGUGGGGUCUGCUGUGCGGGGUCCGUGGCCUGGCUUUUGAGGCAGGCUGCGAUCCGGAUGAGGAAGGAAGGAGGGAGCAAAAGUGGUGUUUCCAGCUCCCCACCCUGGAGCUCGUCGCCUUAGAGCCUCGGCUCAAUGAGGUUCUCGGCGGCUCUGUGGUGAUCAAGGACUGCUUUCUCCGCUGGGUGACGCUCCCAGGGUCCUUCCUUGGCGAGGAUUCCAAGAGCAGCUACCUCAAGAGCGUUGUGCUCGGCCUGCGCCGCUGGCGCCAACUGAACCCAGCCAUUCCUGGCCAGGAGGACAUCCUUGCAUCAACCCUUUGA